GGUGCUUCAGGCCGCCAGGCAGGCCGGCGGGCGGGAGGUGGAGUGAUCCGCUGGCUGGCUGGCUUUCCUCCGCCCCGUCUCCCAAUGGAGGAGCCCCCGCGGAGGCAGCGCCCGGGGUCCAACGCCAGGUACCGGGAGCGAGGUUUUUGGGACGCGCGGUACGAGCAGGAGGGGGCCGACCCCACCGAGUGGUUCGGGGGCUUGGAGUGCUUCCGCGAAGAGCUGGAGGCGGAACUGAACCCGGCGGACCGGAUCCUGGUGCUGGGCUGUGGGAACAGUGCUCUGAGUUACGAUCUUUUCCGGCUGGGGUACACAGACAUCACCAACAUAGAUUAUUCCGCCGUGUGCAUUUCAAGCAUGCGAGACCGUUAUGCGCAUUGCUCAGGCUUACAUUGGGCGGUAAUGGAUGCCCGGUUCUUGACUUUCAUGGAUGGAAGCUUUGAUGUGGUCUUGGAGAAAGGCUUUCUGGAUUCCAUGAUGGUGGAAGAAAAGGAUCUCUGGAAUGUUUCCCUAGAAGCCAAGAUGCUUCUGGACCAAGUAUUAACUGAGGUCACCCGAGUCUUACAGCCCGGAGGAAGAUUCAUCUCCAUCACGUUUGCCCAGCCACAUUUCCGCAAGCGUCACUAUGCCCAGCGUGCCUACAACUGGUCCAUCCGACACAUCAGUUACGGGGCUGACUUCCACUAUUUCCUCUAUGUGAUGAAGAAAGGUGGGGCGUUGUCCUCCUCCGACUUGGCCCUGGGACAGAGCCUCCAUCGGCAUCCCUCGCCCCCCACCCCUGUGGGCACCCUCCAAGAGCCAGACAGUGAGAACUACCUCUUCAAUAUCCAGCUCUGAUCUCCAGGGAGGGAAUACCUUGGGGGAAGGUGCUGCUUGGGGGACACAGAUCUAAUCUGCCCUCUGCAAAAAGGCCUGGGCCAAGAUACCUCCAGGUCACCUGGGGUAAUUCCCUGCAUUCCCAAUACAGUUUUUUAAAAAAUCAAGCCGCCUCUGCAGUUGGCAAGGGGGGGCCCGUUCCCAGGGGAAUUGGAUGGCAACGCUUUCUGCUGCCAACUUGGUUGCAGAAAAUAAUUUUUCUUCCCUUCCACCCCACCAAGUAUGAUCUCUUGCUCACAUCGUAGAGUUGUGAACUGGUUGGUGGGAAGCAGGGAAGGGAGGUGUUAGAAUCCGAGGACUCGGUUUAAUCUUACCACCGUGCUCUGAAUUCUUAACUCUGCCCGAGGUCCUUCUGAGCCACUUCUGUUUUAACAGAGCUUCUGAAAAUCAGAAGUGAAGACACCAGCAAGAGGCCAUCCCAGAGGGUUGGUGCCCCAACUCCUCAGCACUGCUCCCUGGUUCUUCCCCAAAUUUCCCAUGGGGGAGGAACCCUCAGCGUGCCUACCAGGCAUGUGUGAACACUGCCUAGAACCUCUGGAGUGAGGUGGUUUUUAAAUCAUCUACAUCAGUGUUUCUCAACCUUGGGAACUUGAAGAUGUGUGGACUUCAACUCCCAGAAUUCUCCAGCCAGCCAUGCUGGCUGGAGAAUUCUGGGAGUUGAAGUCCACACAUCUUCAGGUUCCCAAGGUUGAGAAACACUGUUCUGCGCAACCCCAUUUUAACUUGGGUUGAACCUGUUGUGAGAAUCCAGCCCUUGAGGUCUUCUCUGCCAACCCUUUUAAGCAAUUUUCUCCAACCCAGUGCCUUUCAAAUGGCUGGGAGCGAUGGGUGUUGUAGUCUAAUGCAUCUAGCAGGCAAUGGCCCUGCAGAGUCCCAUUAAAAUAUCUCAGAUUAAUUCUGCCCCUUGAAGCUGGGAUUCUGCCAUUGAUUUUACUAUGCAAAUUUUUGUAUACAUGAAUGAAUGGAGUUUUGUGUGCCAUUCUGGCACCAUGGGUCUUCCUGGCUCUUUCUUUAUGAAAUACUGUAUAUAGGGGCUAAAAUAGAGUGAUGGCUGUGUUGUAUCCUGGGGAAGGAGAAUCUGAGAUAAAUUAGCCAAAUGCAAAGGAGAAAGGCCUCCAGUGUCUGUAAUAAUACAGAAUAUUCUGUAAUAUUCUGCAAAUGUGCAGUACAGUGUGCAUCUCCAAGCUCAGAAUUGUCCUUAACGUGAGGCAGGUAUGGUAUGCUCCCUGUGCCCGGAACGUUAUAUUCAUUGUAAAUAUUCAACCACAAUUCUGUAUAAUACUUCUUACAGCAUAUUA